AUAGUUGGUGGACUUGUUCGAGGUUUGCCGAAAUCCUAAUAACAAGUUAAAAUUUUCCUCUCCGCGCUCAAUUUCCUCUCUCUUGCAAUUGCAUCCUCCUUGAAUCCCACGGACCCUUCCGUUUUGCAAAAUUUUGGUUGGAGCCCAGAAUUCGCGCUCCAACAAAAUGGACUUGGCUUGUGCCCCACAAGAUGGCGAAGAGUGGGAGCUCCGCCACGACGACGACGGCUUCACCUACAAAAUCCUCAAGCGCCAGCGCCUCACCGACCCAUCUGCCGCUGUUUCACAACUUCCAUUCACAGAUCCAAAACUUGAAGCGAAGCAAAGGAGAGAACGCAAAAGAAACACACUCUUGAAACUUAAAAAUCAGUACCAAAAUGAGAUCCACAAGUGGGAAGUUUUAUCGAAUACCUUGCGUUCAAUGGAAGAAAAGACCAAAGAAGUGAAGCAAGCUGCCUCGUAUUUGGGUUCCAGUAAUUCUUCUGUGGUCAAAAAGAGCGAGGAUUCUUCUGGGUCGUUAGUUGAUGAGCUUCUCUUGCAGGCAGAGACACAAGAGGUAAUAAUCCGUGACAUAUCGAAUUUAUGCGAUGUAGCUGAAGCAAUGUGUGAUGCCCAGCAAGAACAGUUAGUUCAAUCAUUUAUUGAUCUGCCAGUCUGGUCUUCACCGCGUGAGCUCAUGAAAUCCCUCUGCGACGAUGUAGAAAGAUGUCAAAAUUUCUUUCACUAUGGUUGCAAUGACUAGAGAUGGUGAAAGAAUGUGGCCGGAUCUCAUGCCUACGAUUUUUCCAUGCAGAAUGAAAAUUUCAGUGCAGUUUGGUUUCGAAUUAAUUGUGAGACACUCUUGAUUUCCAAGUCUCUCAUUUUAUUAGUUCGUAUGGAUGAAUUUUGGUUCUAUGACUUGUUGGUGAACUUCAGUUCCGUGGUCUGUAGACAUGUUGUGUUUUAAUUUCAGGAUUGCUUGUUCUUAUCCCUGAUUUUGCCAUGAUUUGAUGAUUAUUUU